UAGUGACAAUUCAUAAUUGUGAUCGUAUAGCGGAAACUGAUUUUCUCAAAACUAUUCUUGUUCUGGUGAUGGAACCUACUUAGUGCUGAAAGGAAAUUUGAAAAAUAAAAAUGAAGGGAUUAUUAAUUCAAUUAAUAGCUACGUUAAUAUUGGGUUUCGGCUGCAUGGGCCUCGGCAUCACCUUCGCAUGGCCUUCCUCCACCCUUCUCCUUUUCACUUCCGAGAACACCACGCUGAACCGACCAAUGACAGAAGGAGAGGCUUCCCUUCUUGGAAGCCUGUCUUCCAUUGGUGGUAUGGUGGGGAAUCCAAUAAUGGCUUACUUGUUGGGAACGUUAGGAAGGAAAUAUUGCGCCAUUUUGUCGACUGCCAUGGGAUUGAUUGGCUGGAUCAUGAUAGCAUUCACAAACCGCAUAGAAGUGGUCCUAACUGCGAUAUUUAUAUUCGGUUUAAGUGGCUCUGUUUUCUUAGUGGUUCCCGUGUACAUAUCCGAAUUCUGUCACGAAAGUGUUCGAGGCACUAUGACGUCGUUAGUCGUGGUUUUCAACGGCCUCGGAAUGUUGAUCUCGAUAUUGUUGGGAAGCAUUUUGAGCUACUACGUCAUGACUUAUGUGUUCCUGGUACUUGCGGCCUGCUCGGUCGCCGUUCUGUGGGUUCUGAAGGAAUCGCCGAUUGUUUUGAUGCAAAGAGGGAAGGAAGAGGAAGCGAAGAAGUCGGUUGCAUUUUAUCGAAGUUGCAAGCCAGAUUCGAAAGAGGUGCUGCAAGAGAUUGAGAAAAUCAAACUUGCCUUGAAUCCGGAUCUGGAUGGAGACUUGACUCCGGAGGAAGUGAGACUGAAUCCUGCUGAAAAGCCGCAGACUCCCGACAAACCACCCACAUUUAUGCAGUUAUUAAAAAAAUCUCGGUCCACCCAUCGGGCGAUGAUCGUCAUGCUUGUCCUCAUGACAGCUGCCAUCUUCCAAGGUCUCGUCGUGGUCAUGGUGUACGCUGUUCCUCUGUUCGCCCAGGUCAUACCAGAGACCGUCAUGUCUCCAACGCUGUGCAGUGUCCUGCUGUGUGGUAUCAAUGUCGUGGCUUCUCUGCUAGCUGGCUUCAUCACCGAUAAAGCUGGGAGGAGGUUGCUAAUGAUCGUCUCCUCCUUCCUGACCGGCGCGUUCUGCGUGGUCACCGGGUCGCUGAUCAUCUUUGAGUGGGGUCCGAAAUGGCUGAUCGCCCUGUUCAUAUACUUUUACAGUGUCACGUUCACUUUGGGAGCCGGCACCGUGCCUUUUAUAAUGCUGGCCGAGGUAUUUUUGCCUGAGGUGAAAGGUUUCGUGUCAAUGCUGAUCAUGGAAUGGGCGUGGCUCUGCAACUUCGCGCUUCUCUACGUGUUCCAGCCCAUCGUCUCCAAGUUCGGUAUCGGGCCAGUCUUCUUUGUUUUCGCCGUAAUUAGCUUCCUCACCUCAGUGUACAGCAUCUUCUUCUUGCCGGAGACCAAAGGACUUAGCGUGGACGUUAUUCAAACGCUGUUCAUGAAGAAACGAAGAGAUGUUGAAAAUGUCCAUUGAAUUUGUUUAAACAUACAUAUAUACAUAAAAUCACGCCUCUUUCCUGGAGGGGUAGGCAGAGACUACCUCUUUCCUGUUUCCACGAUCUCUGCAUACUUCCUUCGCUUCAUCCACAUUCAUAACUCUCUUCUCUUCCCACUCCGACCUUUCCCUCCACACUCUCCUUGUAUAUCUGCUUAAUCAAAUUUGUUUAAAAAUUAAAUAUUUUACAUAAUACUGAUUGUUGAGUCAACCUUUGUAACGAUUGUUGCCCAAAGAAUUUCAAUAUCAUUGGACGCUCGAAUAUUUGAAACAUCCCUUAUAUUUAUGUCGACAUUUGUCAUAGGUAUAAGGAAGUUAUUAUAAGAUAUAGUAUCUAUCAAAUUGAAAUUUUUAUUUAAAAUUUUAAUUUCAAUUAUUAUCGAUAUCGAUAUAAGCUCUUAGUUAAAACAGGAGACUAAUAGUAGAUUUAGUAAAUUUAGGUGUAGUUUUAUUGUAAUCAAAUACCUAGGUUUAGCAUAAAAUUUUGUACAGGUGCUAUAAUUAUUAAAUUUACAACAGUAUUUUAUUAUGAAAUAGGUUCAAUUAACAGGUUUGAAUUAAAAAUAUAAAAUUUUAAUAAUAAACCUUAUUAAUAUU